GGCGGGGCGAGAGGAAGUCACUUUACGCUUACUGCUGAGUGUAGCAUGUGGGCAUUGGUAUCCCACGCGCUCAUUGAAAAGCCGUUCAAAGCGUCAUUAGAUUUAGCUGCAUACUUUUGGUUUUAGGAAUUAAUGUAUGUGCCGAACAACAGCUACAACUGAGUAUGCAUUUUAUGACAAGUGAGAUCGAAAAGUGAAACCAUGGAGACUUAGUAAAGGCUAAAUGCCAGUAAAUAGCCCUGCCAUUACCGCUCCACAUUAGGACUGAUUUACUAACAGUUACAUAGUACAGAGGAGGCGUGCAGGCCAUGGGAGGCAAGGGUCGUGGAAUCGGUGCCUUUACCUUCAACGUCGAGGCUCUGGGCAUCGGCAGGGGCAGCAUGCCAGAAGCAAGGGUGGGGCCCAACGCGCUGUUUCCAAACAUAGACUUCAAGCCUGUGCCACUGAAAGCUGGCGAGGAUGAGGACUACAUGCUGGCCUUAAAACAGGAGAUGAGGGGAACAAUGCAGCGGCUACCACACAACAUUAAGCCUCAGUCAAAUAAAGCAGAAGUGGAGAGAUACACUGAGAGAUACCUGAAGCAAAAACUCAUCGAAGAUGAGGAUUGGAGUCCAGACUGGAACCUCCUUCCAAAAGAAUUGAAGCCCCAAUUGAAAAAAACAUGUGCCAAACCAGGCACAAAGAAGAAAACUGUGAAGAUAUCGCGAAAAGACGCAGAGGAAAUGCUGACUAAAUUAGACAACCUGGCCAAGACGGAUGAAGGAAACCCUGACAAAUCGGAUGAUGAAAGCGAAAAGAAAACCGGGAAUGAGGAUGAAGAAAUUGAAGAGGAAGCAUAUGAAGAAGAGGACGUUGAGGAAAACGACUACAUUGACAACUAUUUUGACAACGGCGAAGAGUUUGGUGGACUCAGUGAUGACAACAUGGAUACCGAAGCGACAUACUGAGAAAGUAUCGACCAAGCAAACUUACUGUUGAAGUAAACAAUCAUUAUGUGAUUGCCUCUAUUGGUUAAACAUUGUAUAUAUGUUGCAUUGCAAACAGUGUUUAGCAGAGUGAGAGUUGUUUGUUUUAUUGUGUGUGUGAUCUUGAGGCAGCCUUGCCUUUUAAAGACUUGUGUAAAUAAGAAAUGCCAAACUGUGCACAAUGGCGAUAAUUUAUUUAAAAUAGAUUUAUUUAUUUUACAGCCUGUGGCACAUUUCCACUGGUUGAAAGGCACAUACUGUCAAAACAUGUAAUGCUUGUUCAUAAAGUAUCAAGUGAACAUGGGGAUACAAUAAAAGAGGUAUAUAACCAAG